UCCGUCAUGAAAUCGUAAUCUUUUUUUUUUUUUUAAUUUGACAUCAUUUCUUGAUAAAUUUUUCAAUCAGAAGAAAGAGCAAUAACUUUUUGAAGUUUGGCAUUUCAAGUAGCAUAAUCAUUCGAAAAACCACAAAAAAUGUCUGAUUCUGAUGAUGAUUUUCCUGUUUUAUCUGAUUAUGCUUUGAAAGCGUUACAAGAGUUUCAAAAUGAAGAAAAAGAGAGAUUGCUUCAAUUGUCAAAAGUAUAUAAUAAACCGGCAAGUGCUACACUAAAAGAUUUCAAGAAUGAUAAUGAUCAUGAUCAUUAUCAUGAUCAUAAAAAUAAUGAUGAUUUAAAUAUUGAUUUAUUUAAAGAAGAUUGGAAUUUAUCUCAAUUUUGGUAUGAUGAAAAAACAGCAACUUUUCUAGCCAGAGAGUUAUUAAAUGGUACGACUGAAGAUACCAAAAUUUGUAUAAUAUCUGCACCAUCUGUUUAUUCUGCAAUUUUAGACCAAUUGAAAUUGGAAGACAGACCAAAUUUAAAGAAAAACAUUUAUUUAUUUGAAUUUGAUAAAAGAUUCCGAUUAUUAGCUGGAGAUUCGAAUUUCAUCUUUUAUGAUUUUAAAAACCCAUUGAAAUUUGAUAAAUUGGAUUUGUUUAAAAGUAAGAUUGAUAAAUUGCUAAUUGAUCCACCAUUUUUGUCAAAUGAAUGCCAGACCAAAGCUGCAAUCACUGCAAGAGUUUUAUCAAAUUCGAAUAGUCAAAUUUUGGUCUGUACAGGUGAAAGAAUGAAAGAUUUGAUAAAGAAAAUUUAUCCCACCACCAAGAUGACAAAUUUCAUUCCAGAGCAUAAAAAUGGGUUAAGUAAUGAAUUUAGAUGCUAUGCAUCAUAUAAAAGUGAAAAUUGGGAUUACAUUGGUGAAAAUGAUCCUUAAGAAUCAGUUUAUAAUAAUAAUAAUAAAAAAAUAAAAAAAGGC